GACGCUCACCCCGACGCACAAGCUGCCCGCCGGGCCGGCAAAGGAGCUCAAGCAGGCGUCCGAGGUUGCCGUUGGAGAGACGGUCUGGAUCGCGUCGCCGGCCGCGGGCACGAUCGUGCAGGCGCCCGUCCUCAAGAUAACCAAGGUCGUGGCCGACGGGCUGCACAGCCCGCUCACCAUGCACGGCGGCUGGCCGGUCGUCGACGGCGUCGCGACCUCGUACAACAGCGCGGCCGUCGUCGCGCGCAACAAGUACUUCGUGCCGCUCGUCGAGGCGGUCUGCCCCUCUCUCGGCCGCCUCGUCGUGGCGGCUGUGAACCCCAAGCCGAUGCACUACAUCGAUGGCGAGCCGAAGCUGGGGGCUUCGGCUAUGAAGCGCACGCUUCCAGCGGCAGCGGGGCCGGGUGAUAUGUGCUGCACCCUGCACCUGCAGUCGUGA